AUGCUGCGUUCUUCGAAAUUUGCGUGGGCGACAUGUUUGUCCGCAUUCACCUUGAUCCUGUUCUCGUUUUUAUACACAUCAACGCCUUCAAUGGACAUACAAUUAAAACUGAAAAUAAGUCCUUCCAUGACGAUAGCGGAGAGAUCGAAUGAACCAGCUGUCAAAGAGAAGUUCAUUACCUACUUGCCCCACUCCGGCCUUCAUAAUCAACGCAUUGGCCUUAUCAAUGCUAUUCUAUUAGCAAAAGUCCUCAACCGCACACUUAUUCUACCUGAGAUCAACCUAGGGAAAGGCAUCUAUUGGAAGCAAACACCCUUUUUGGAAGAACGUUUAUCUGAAUGCACUUCGGCUCAUCCAUCCAAAAAUGUUUCCUGUAACGAUUUCAAAAAAUACGUUCCUGUAUCUGUUGAAACCAUAUUUGAUCUCACGGCAGCCCACAAUGCCGGUGUCCGUACCAUCCAACGCUCCAAUAUGUCUUCCAGUUACUUUAGCGACGUUCUGUCUCUCACAGAUGAGGAAAUUUACCGCGUCGAAGAUGAUGCACGCCAAUCCUACCGUAUUUACGAUUCCAAAGACAACCUAGACUCCCUACACUCCUUCAGUCGCCGCCUCGAAAUGGAAGAUCUUUGUAACAGAGAUGAAACCGUUAUCGUGUUUGGAUCUCUCCACUACACUUUACGACUGGCUCUCUCAGACCCUUACUUGGUUUGGCUUGCUGAGCACUUGCGUCAAGCAACCAGCUUUUCACAUCCUAUUGUUAUUGAACAAGCACUUCAUAUCAUUUCUUUGAUGAAUGGUCCUGGUAGCUUUGUUGGCGUGCAUCUUCGUCAAGGGGAUGGCUUUUUCAAGGACCUACAAGAGGAGACAUUAAACAACCUCAGAAAUACCUUAGAACAGCCCAAUUUGGAUAAUGAACAACUACAAAAACAGCUUGUGCAACCACAACAAGAGCCUUGGGUCAUCAGACCAGCAACACCACUGACUGCCGAUGAUGAAUGGAAGCUACAACAACUCCAAAUGAUCAAUGAGAAGAACCCAGUCAACAAGAUGGAUUUGCUAAAUCAAUGCAUUGUGUGGCAUGAGGUGAGCAGCCACCCCAGAUUACGUCUCAUCUACAUGGCGACAGAUACUCCUCAGCCUCGUACGACGUUGAAAGAACUGUUUGAAGAAUUUCCUUGUAUUUUUACACUUUCCGAUUUUCCUGAUGUGAUUGAAAGCACUUUGACAAUGGCUCCUUUGCUGAGUGGUAAUGAUUCAGUGGAUAAUGAAGCCAUUCAAAAGAGUUCUUUGAUUGCACCUUCGUUGAUUCCUAUGAUCGAUGCUGAAGUCGCGUCUCAUGGUGCCAACUUUGUGGGUACGAGGAAGAGUACUUUCUCUCAAUAUAUCAAAUAUCGAUUCAAUCGUUAUCAAUCAUUGUACUAUAGUCACUAA